CUGAAACUGUUUCCGGAGUAGCUGGGGGUCACACAGAGGGGGAGUGAAGAGAUUCCAAAAUGCUGUUACGUAGGGUGUUGCACAUCGGAGGGCUGACACUGAAACACAGUAGGACCAUCCACCACAGUCCUGUAUGGAGGAGUCCUCUCAUACCUAUAGUUGUGGAGCAGACGGGGAGAGGAGAACGAGCGUAUGACAUCUACUCCCGCCUCCUGAGGGAGAGGAUCAUCUGUGUGAUGGGUCCUAUUGAUGACUCUGUUGCCAGUCUGGUUAUUGCCCAGCUGCUCUUCCUACAGUCAGAAAGCAACAACAAACCCAUCCACAUGUACAUCAACAGUCCUGGUGGUGUCGUGACAGCAGGUCUGGCCAUUUACGACACCAUGCAGUACAUCCUUAAUCCCAUCUCCACCUGGUGUGUUGGCCAGGCGGCCAGCAUGGGCAGCUUGCUCCUGGCAGCGGGAACGACGGGGAUGAGGCAUUCGCUGCCCAACGCCCGCAUCAUGGUUCACCAGCCUUCGGGAGGCGCCAGGGGUCAGGCCACAGAUAUCGCCAUCCAGGCCGAGGAGAUCCUGAAACUGAAGAGACAGAUCAACAACAUCUAUGCCAAACACACGGGGCAGCCGCUGGAGACCAUUGAGAGUGUGAUGGAAAGGGAUCGCUACAUGAGUCCCAUGGAGGCGCAGGACUUCGGUCUCAUAGACCGGGUCCUGGUCCAUCCUCCCCAGGCCGGCCAGGAUGAGCCUGAGCUGGUGCAGAAAGAGCCACCAGCAGCAACCAGUUCCUCCCCACCCCAAGAGUCUCCAGGUCCUGAGCAGCCAUCCACAGGGACAAAUCCCCCCUCCUCAUACAAACCUGAGCCAUGAACCCACCACGACAGAGCUGUCUGAGUUCUCCGUGCACUUCUUCAGGAUUCAGUGCCUGACAGUUCCUGAGAGCGGGGCCCAUCCUCCAUGGUGGAUUUCUCUUGUCUUAAGUAGCUUCUUCCUUCCCCCUACAGUAACACUAUGCAGUCUACACAUGUGCAGGCAACAUACUGGCUUCAUGCACUGUGACAUAUCUUAACAUGAAGUGAAGUCAUUGUGGGUUACAGCUCUGUUUUUAAUUAUUUGUCAGAUGUCGAUACCUGUGGUCUAUGAGAUUGGUGUUUCAGUUGAGUUGAUCUGACACGGUGGAAGCUGAAGGAGAAACUCGACACACGUUCACUGGGGGAAGGGGAAGCAAUGUUAAGACUACGGAGCCAUCUUGGUCUGUACCUCCUUACUGCAGAGAUGUCCACUGAAGAGUGCAGAGGGCCUUGUAUGACUUGUAUUUGAAUAUUCAUAUUUGUAAUAAUAAAUUUAAUUUUGACCACAA